AUGAAGUCAUCAGCUAAGCAGCAAGUCAACAUAUGUACCCCCGUGUACCUCAAUGUUUAUGACUUGACUCCAAUUAACGGUUAUGUUUAUUGGGCUGGCUUAGGCAUAUUUCACUCUGGUGUCGAAGUACAUGGCGCAGAGUAUGCAUUUGGAGCUCACGAAUACUCGUCUAGCGGCAUUUUCGAAGUCGAGCCGCGCCACUGCCCGGGAUUUAAGUUCCGAAAGUCCAUAUUCAUUGGCACCACAAAAUUAAAUGCGGCCCAAGUUAGGAAGUUUAUGGAGCGGCAAGCAGCAGAUUACAAUGGUGAUACUUACCAUUUAAUUGCAAAGAAUUGCAAUCAUUUUUGCAAGGAUGUGUGUUUCAAGCUGACUGGAAAAAAGAUACCGAAAUGGGUAAAUCGGCUGGCCAAAAUGGGGUCGAUGUUCAACUGUGUCCUACCGGAAACUCUUAAGAUUAAUGCUGUCCAAGUCCAACACAACCUUAAAGAUCGGUGUUAUAAGGAUAGUGAGAAAAGGAGACUUAGUAGUAGUAGUUGUAGUUUCAGUUGUCUUUCAUCAAUAUCUUCAAGGCAAAAACACAUGUCGACAUCUUCACUGUUGCUACAGUCCCCUUUAAAAGGGUGCCUAUUCCCUUGGGAAUUAAAGAGGUGUCCAUAA